AUGGAUCAUACGAAACACCAAAGCACAACUGCAAAUAAGCAAAAACAUAAAGAUGCAGAGCUAAAACUGCCAUCUCCGCAAGAACGCUCUCAAGAUACAGAUCCUAUUUCUGAAUCAGAUCCAUUAGAAUUACAUCAACUAUCAUUAAGUUAUGACUACUUAAUGUACAAAAUUAAGGACUAUAUCAAAACCCUAACAGAUCAAACAUAUACGUCAAUUCUACAAAAACAACGAUACAUUAACGAAGAUUAUUUUGAGAAACAAUUGAAGCUAUCAACUCAGUAUGAGAAGAUUGAUGAACUAAUGAAAAAAUGUAAUGAACUAGAGUUAGAGUUUCUGAAGAUAGAUCAGUUAGUUUUAUUCGUUGAAGAAUUUAACCAUAGGUUGGACGCGAUUGAACUGAGGUUCAAAGAACUUGGAUGA